CAAAGUGGUCUUUGGAUUGCAGUCUGCUGCGUGUAGUCAACACGAGAAGACUCAGUAACAGUGACAGGGAUGAAGGCCUAGAAUACUUAAGCUUAAAGUUUUGGAAAAGGUUUUGGAAAGGAAGUGUGGAGGUAACCUUAGGUGUACAUUAUUGUUAAUGUGUUCUAGAUUAAUCCUUUUCAUUGUGUACAUUUUGAAGGGAUGUUAGCUUAUAUGUUUUGGGGGUCUGUCUGUGAAGUUCAGGUAAAUCUGCAUCUUAAGACACUACUGCUCCCAGCUCUCUCCUGUCUUGUGCCAGCAGAUGCCAUGUACAGAAGCAGAUGUACAUCAGCUCCAGGCCACAGAGGUUUUCAAGCAUGAUAAACCGUAAGCUAUGAGCUGUGUUGAUUGAGGAAUGGGCAAAUUUUUAUUUUUACUGUUAAAAGAAUGACAACUUCUUUCAGAGCAUAUGAGAGAAUGGAUGAGAUUCUGUCCAAUUAAUGGGAAUUUUGCUGUUGACUUUAUUGGGGCCAGACUAGCCUAAUAUUCCUAACAGGUUUUCCAACAGUGGGCAAAUUAGCUAAUUGGGGUGUGUGCAGGAAUGACAGAAUGCUAUAGAAACAUAGAUGGCUAAAAUAACAUUAGAUAUGAAUUAAUUGUUUUUCUCAGAAUUAAGUAGCAAAAAUUAGCCCUAAACAUACACUUCUUCAUCUAUGGUUUGUGAAAUCGGAGUCAGUUAUGUCUUUAAUAUACAUAGGAUAGCAAAAACUUGGUUACUCUUUUUUGCUUAUACUGAACGUCUGUCCAUGUUGCGAUGUUAGAUGACCAAGUGGCUUCAGUCGAACUCUCCAUCUAUUGGAAUUAAGUAUAUGAAUAGGUAUUUGUGUGACCAGGGCUUAUAUGUAUAUAAUGCAGCAACGUGCUAAUUGAUGUGAAAUGAGGUUCUUCUGGUGACCCAGAUGGGUGUAGAAGGUCAACACAGGACACUAGACCAAAGUCUUACUUGCAAAAAGAUCUAAAUACUAAGGAAGUAUAACCAUUUAGUUAAAAGGCUUUGUGCUUUAUAAGACUAAAUAACUUAGAGUGAAAAGAAAUAUUUGAAAUAAGAACUUUGCUAUUCUGUGAUCUUAACUGUGUGUUCCUAAAAAUAGUGUGGUUUUUUUGUAAAGAGAAAAAGGAACAAAGAGAACACAUUUUGAACUCUGGUAUCUGAUUAAUUUCUGAUCCAGAUUGUGUUAGCCAUGGGUAUGCUGCUGGUUAUUUGGCACAACUCAGUUUGGAAACUGUAAAAGUUCAGAAAAUAAUACCUUCCAGCCCUUCUCCAUUCCAUACCAGCUCUUCUACCCACCCUUCUUAGGAAUAUUUAAACAAAUGUUAGAAAAUGAAACAAUUCACAGUGGAGUACUUGUGUUUUCAUUUUUCUGCUUUAAUCUUUUAAGAAGGUUUAGACCUGGAGAUCAGUUUUAAAGAUGGCUGUGUGAAAGAAAAUGCCUCAUACUGACUUCAGUAGCAAAAGUUUGAGGAGUUCAGUUUCUGUUUGUUCAUGUAAGCUACAGAAUACAAAAUACUUCUCAAAGUCUUGCCAUUUAGGUACCCAAACUGGGGCUCUUUUGAAGAUUGGGUCCCAAUUUUCUAAUCUAGAGAUUGUCUUCAUGAUUCCACUGAGUAAGGAUAUUUAAAUUAAUAGAGUAGGGUGAGAUAUAGAAUAAAAUAUCAGAUGAUAUCAGAAAGUCUACCCUAAGCUUAGAAUAUAUUUUUAGGGACAGAUUAUCUAUUAUUAAGUCUUUUAUCAAUUUAGACACCUCUCUGUCUUACAGAAGAGACAAAGCAUUUCUGAAACAAAGUACAUCUACCACUAACAACAUAUGACUUUUCUGAACGUAAACAUUUACAGAUUGGUACAGAAUAGGAUAAUUCUAGCUAGAAGGUAAAGACAGAUCUAAGAAAUUCUCAUCUUUUUCAGACAGUUAGUCUGUAGAUCACAGUAGUAUGCCCCAUCAGCCAGAAACGUGCAUGUUUCAUUAAAAAUUCCAUUAUAGCAGUUGGUCGGUCAUUUGUCUCCAUAUAGAUCUAAAACAAUUAUAAUAACAUUCUUACUCUUUUCAGAACAGAUGGAGGAUUAAAUGUAAUACAAGAAAUCUGAAAUAAUGGAAGAGCUAAAAAUAGUGACUUAUACAAUAUUGAUAUGUUUUUCAAUGUAUUUCUCUCCAUUGUCCUUUUAUAUUUUUUUAUCUGCAGGCCCUAAUCCUUUAGAUAUUUAUGGAACUCUGAAAUGUUAUGUACUUCAGUGGUUCUAAUAUGAACAGCACUAGAGCUCUUUAAAAUAGAAAUAGACUUUUGAAGUCUCACUGCUUUUUUAAUAAUCUGUAGCUAAGAAUCUAAUUUUUUUAUAGAUAAACUUGAAAAAUAUGUAGACCAUAUGAAUAAAUUUGUACCAUGUCUGACCUGUUUGGUAUAUGUAUAUCAAAAAGCAUGGCCAAAGCAAAAUUUCUGGAUACCUGUAUCCCAGAUUCCUUCCAAGGUAUACAUUUUUUUUUAAAGUCUGUAGUUCUUGAAAGAACACAAGCUUGUAAAACAAGUGGUGCUAACAAGAAAUUGAAAUUCUUACUGAAUGGAAAUUCCAAAUAUAUGUUCUUUUUAAUUAUACUGAGCCAUUUUGAGUAAGUAUAUAAGGCAGUAACUACAUAUUACAUAUUAUGCAUAUAAACAGAUUUCAAGCUGUAUCUUAAUGCAGAAGUAAAAGAAAUUAAUGGAUAUAAUGCAUUGAUUAUAGAUCAUCUUUAUGGAAUCAUAAAAUCAUGAGAGUUAUUAAAAUUGAUCAACUUUUCCCACCAAAGCAUAAAAGCACUCUUCUGUUUUAGAAAAACAUAUUUUCUGAUGCAAACCCAUUCUGUUAAAAACAAUAACCAAAAAACCCCAAACCCUACAGUGUUUACAUUUGUAGUUUUCUGACCUCCUCCCAAUGGCCUAUUUAUACAUUUAAGUAAUCUGCAUACGCAAGCAACUUAAAUGCAGGGAAGCUCAAUCUUUAGAAUAUUUUAACAGACAAAGAUACUCUUAAGUUUUCAUUCUUCACUAAUAAAGAUCCAUUUUUUCAGGGUCAAGGGUACCAAAAGCAGUGCUUACGGGAACAAACCACUGUAGUGGCAUUGCAGAUGGUUCAGACAAGAGGAUGUAGUAUGGCAGAACUCUACUCUGAGAACAUAUACUCCUCUCUACUCUAGAAAUUGGAAAUGGUGCUGAUACGAGAGCCUGUAUAACUUCAGGCAAGAGUUCCUCUUCGAGGGAAGUUACCAGUUAACCGUGGAUGAUUUAUGUCUGGUUUGUACUCAUCAUCAGCAUGACUGGGGUUUACAGAGUAGAGUUUUCAGGACUCUGUCUUUAAAGAUACUAGUUGUUCCAUUUUGCAUACUGUCAAAGCUUGUGUACAGGUUUCUAUUGUGUUUAAGGUUGCAUGGGCAAAGUUAGGGAGAAGAGUUGGAAUUGAAGCAAGAAUGUACUGUCAAAAAUGUUCUAAACAUUGCAUUUAUUAAACUUUAAUACAAAUUAAAUGCAAAUUUGUAUAUAAUGUAUUUAGGGUACACUAUAUUUAAGAACAUGUUUUCAUUGCUUACGUCAGUAGCCUCAGAUGAUAAUUUGUUGAUUUGUUUUCAUUACCUUAACCUCCAGCAUUUAGAAUCAGUGUAUAGAUUUAUUUUUCCUGAGUAUGAAAGCCACACAGUAUCCAUUCAUGUAGCUCUAUUAUGCCAGAAAUAUCUAAUUAUACUGGCUCUCUGUAUCUAAGCAGCAUUUAACGCUUUUUUCUUCACACUCGGGGAUCCAUCUUCUGUGUAUCCCAAAUAAACGCAUUAUCAUUCCCCCAUUUUCUGCCACAAAAUAACUGAAGUUUUCAUGAGAUCUGCUUAGGACAUGAAGGAAUGUUUUCUUAGAUAGCAAUAGGAUUUGAUCUGAUGACUUUGCAAAGAUGUAAAACGAAUACAAAGUGGCUUCUUCUGUAUGGAAAGAUAGUUUACAAUGGAAUGUUUCUCUGUUUAUUUCAAAACUUAAGCAUUGUUUUUUAUUUGUUUCUGUUCUGCUAUAAAGCUUGUUUUUUGAGAAAAGACUAUGCUUCUAAAGACAUAGCAAAGUAGACUUUGUAUAGUAAAGCUUAAUUCUGCUGAAAGGGUGAGUGUUGUUCCUUCUCCCCUCCUUUACUGCUCACAAAGCUGUCUGGUGAACUUCUGUGUCAAUGCAAGGUAAGUGAUAAAGGUAUUCAGGCAGGAGCAGGGAUGAGGGUAAACAGGGAAGAGGAGGGAGCAGGACCUUCUCAUUUCAGCUGUAGCGAAAUGAGUGACAGCUCGCUCUUAGAUAGUCAUCCCCUUAAAGUUUGUCUUGUCUGGACAAAUCUCAUUCCUAAGUUAUGUUCUUUUAUUCUUGUUGAAUUCUUUCUUUUUGAAGGCUUUUCAGGGUGGAGAGGUUCAAGAGAAGCUGAAAAGAAUUUAAUCUAUUUCUCCAGUGUCUCUGCCAGAGUCAUUAGCCAAGGACUUGACUGGACUGAAUUCCUUGCUGUAUGAAGGAGUUCCUGUGUGACCUAAAGGCUCUGAAUUUUGGACUGUGACUCAUUCAUCUGUCUCAGUGAAGGGACUGGCUGUCUACAGAGGUGUGGCAGUUGCAUGUUCUUGCUGCUGGCUUUCAAGGUCUCAUGUCUUUGGCUGCUGAAAAUCUGUACAUUGCUGUUCUUCUGGAGUACUCAUGGAAAGGUGAGAAGCCAGGGACGGAGCAAGAUGAAGUUAAGCUUCAGAAUGCCAGCAAGCAGAUUGUGCAGACUGCUAUCCUCCGAGCAGUGCAGCAAGUUUCGCAGGAGAGCCAGCAAAAGGAGAAACGAACAAACAGCAGUACAAGCCUCCAACUAGAAAGAGGAAAAUUAACCAAGAAGCAUGAAAAGAAGUAAAGGAGCGGAUUGUUUUUUUCAAUCCUCCAGUCUGCAGUGUUUUCAGCCUUCUCUUUAGUAUCAGCUGUAUUGCUAGUGCAAUGUUACUGUUGUAAAGCAAACCAAAGUAUAAUCACACCUAGACAUAGGGUAAAGCUGCAAUAGUCCUCAGCUGAGAAAUAUUAAGUGCAUUAGAUGACUAACUCCAUAUUUAUGCAGUGCCUCUUAACAGAAACAAUAACCAUAGCUAUAAAAGUAGUUUCAAGCACAAGCUCUUAUGGUAUGGACUUAUUCUCAAAAGCUUGCUGCCAGUGCACUUUCAUGUAAGUUCUGCGUGCAAUGUUUAUGUCAGUUCAGCUGGAUGGACUCUUCUUUAAGUUAUGGGGUUUGCUGAAGCUGUCUUCACUGAAGAAAUAGUUUACUGUUGAGUGUAGCAGAAUGCUUUCAGGCUGCCUUGAAGCACAUGUUUGUACUUUGCUUUGAUUAAACAUGGACUAUGUGAAGUGGCAGUAUAAAGUGGAUUUGGUAAGUUCUGUGAACCAAUUUCUUUUUUCAUCUUGGGGAAAAAAAAAAAAAGCAAUCCAUUAAGACUGCAGUGACUGUGAUCUAUGACUCUGAUCAUAGACCUAUGAUCUAUGUCUUUUUUUAAAGAAGUUAAAAGAAGUACUGAAGUUUUAGUCUACUUAUUUGAAAUACUUCUAUACUUCUGCAUAAAAAUCACUUGUGCCUCAACUAUUCUUUUUAAUUUUCUUAAUAUUGAAAGAAGAGAAACUGAUGUGCUGAUACAGAGUUUGCCAGCUUUUCCUUCAGUUUUGCAACUUUGCUGGGCCUUGAUUUACAGAAAGCGAAGACUUGAGUGGCUUUAAAAAAAGCUUUUGAAUUUAUUAAUAUCCUGAAGGAUGGAAAUAUACUGUGUCUGAAUUCUGUCAUCGUAGAUAUUUCUCACCUGCUGGGUGUAAAGUGAUUUUAUAUAUUUACAAUUGUUACAUAGAUUCACCUCAAAUAGCACUGCUUUAAGCUGGUAAUACAGAACUUAUCUUUUAACUGCUCUAUAAAUCUGAAAAAAUCCAUGAUGUUUCUGAAAAUACAAAUUAAAUAAAUGUAGCUUUCACUUUUAUGCUCCCUUACUGUAAUGAUGAUUGCACUAUUAUACAUCUGAAAUGAAUAACAGUAUAUUUAAUUCUAGAAAUGGCUUGUAGCUCUGCUUCAACUGAAUUCUUGUAGUAAUAUACCUAGAAAUAUAGAGAAGCAGAUGCACAGGAUCUGCAAAGAAGGAGACAAACUUUUGUCAUUGCUUUUCUACGCAGUUAGAUGAUUCUUAAAGAGACUUUAUUUUAAGUAAUUGGCUAUUACUUACUGUGUCCUACUGCUUGUGUUAAACAAUUUCAGGAUUCUUUCUCAUGGCCAGAGGCUUAGUCAUGAAUAGCCAUGUACUGUAAUAUUAAGCCUUUGAAAUCUGCUUGGUUCAAUUUUUUUUUUUUUUUUAAUUUAACAGCACUGACUCAUACCAGAUAAUGAUUUAGCUCAAUCUUCUUUUACUUAAAAAUGCAAGGAAGAAUUUGACAUGAUUAAAGUUGUUCUAAAUCCUCUAAUAAUGAAAAUUGACUUGGAUUUCAAGUACACAGUUGGUUCACUUCUAUAGACACUGGGUGAAUUUUUCUAGCCAAGCAAACUUUGAAAGGUGGAAGUAGUUGGGUUUUGAGGCACGUGUGUGUUUGUCAUAAUAGUAAUUUUUUUACCAUUAGCUUUUUCAUCAGUUGAUCUUUGGUUGGGAGGUAGUUCUUUUCUAAGCACUCUUUGUAACUGUGCUUUCUGAGAGCCUUAGAAAACUGAUCAUGAGUAAAGGUUCAAUUCUGAGGCUGGUGGUCAGGCAACUCUAGUGGGUGAGAGAGAGCAAGCCUGUUGGAGAGACUCUGUGGUGCAAAAUGGUGUUUGCCAUGGACUCACCUACAGUGCUGUAGGAAGGAGAGCUAUAGAAGAGCAAAAUCCCCAUUUCUUUGGGAUUAUUCUAGGUUUUUUUAAUGCUUUUUGACCCCAGAAAUUAGCAAUAUGUCUCUUUUUUUUUUUAUGUUCAUGGUGAUUAUUUUAAUAAUCUUCAUGUAGUUUGGAAACUUGUUUGCAUGUCCAAUUUUUUUUUAAGUCAUCAUGUUAGAAAAAGAAGAAUUUCAAAAGCCAGUGAAUCCAGGUUUUUGCCACUGCUUCAUAUGAGCCUAUUCCACUCCUCCUCCCACUAUGUUCUUCUACAAUAUCCCUUUACUGUCCUAGCCCUUUUAGACACACUAUUACUCAACCAUUAAAUCAUGCCCAUCAUUUUCAGUGCUGUCAGAAGUCUAGUAUCUUGGAAAGGUAAAAAUGGUAGGAAGCCUAACAGAGCCUUGAGGAAGUUUUCUAUGGUCUCCUAUUGAGGAAAAACAAAUACUGUAGCUUAAAUAGUGUAGUUUUCCCUGAGAGGCAAAUAAUGCAUCUCCUAUCUAUAGUAUAUAUACUUAAAUUAAAGCAUGCAUUUAGUAUCUCCUAUUGACAAAGUGUGUUCUGCACACCACUUGCAUCCAGGAUGUGUAGUUGAGAUCUGUACUGCAUGUGAGAGAACUGCACAAAAGAAAACUUUACCCUUGGCUUGUUAUAUGCUUACUAGAUGGUGAAAGCAGGUAUUUUUGGUAUCUUCACUGACAGAUUAUAUUUUCUGGAGAAAAUACGGACUGUAGAAAUUAUUACAGGUGUGAUGCAGGUCUGGUUACAAAUAAAAAAAAAAACUCUUAAAGAAACUCUUAAUA